AUGGGCACCGAGCCACAGUCCAGACAGCGUUGUCAAGCCUCCACCACACCGAUCCAAUCCAGCAAUCCAGCAGCAAGCAUCGCCAUGGCCCUGUUCAAGAUCACAAUCAUCUGCUGCACUCUUUUUGCCGCCAUCGAGUGUGGCCUGCUCCCGGUGGGAGCUCCAAUCAACACGGAGGUGGAUCCCCAUCCGCAGUACGCCUUCGCCUACAACGUGCAGGACGCCAUCACCGGGGACAGCAAGAGCCAGCAGGAGGUGCGCGACGGCGAUGUGGUCAAGGGAUCCUACUCGGUGGUCGAUGCCGACGGCUCCCUGCGCACCGUCUUUUACACCGCCGACCCCAUCAAUGGCUUCAAUGCGGUGGUGCAGCGGGGUCCAGUGCCACGUCCUGUGCUGCCCGCUCCCCUGGCAGCCCCGCUCCUGGGCUAGAGCACUGAGCACCCCUCCCGUUACUGCUGCAGCUGAAAUCCUAGAUUGUACAUAAAUUAUUGUCCGUCCGUAGUUCAAAGGUUCCAAAGCUCCAAAGCUAAGUCCUAAGUC